AUGAACCAAAGAGCUUAUUUGGGCGGACGCCCAACGUUGCUCGAUGUAGCCAAGGGCGCUGUGGAAACGUUCGUAAAGGUUCGUCAACGAUCUCCUGAAAGCAGAGGUGAUAGGUAUAUGCUUCUAACUUUCGAAGAGCCACCCGCGAACAUCAAGGCGGGUUGGAAAGAAAACUUAGGGACAUUUAUCAAUGAGUUGAAGAACUUGCAGUGCCUUGGGUUAACAACUAUGGGUGCUGCAUUGAAACAUGCAUUUGAUGUCCUAAACAUAAACCGCAUGCAAACUGGUAUUGAUACAUAUGGUCAAGGUAGAUGCCCAUUUUACCUUGAGCCCUCAGUAAUAGUUGUUAUUACCGAUGGAGGAAAACUUUCUAGCAAUGCUGGUAUUCAGGAAGAAUUCAAUUUGCCAAUGAACUGCCCUAUCCCCGGUUCAGAACUAACUAGAGAACCAUUUAGAUGGGACCAAAGAUUGUUUUCAUUAGUACUAAGGUUGUCUGGCACACCUGCAGUUGAGAGAGAUACUGGUUUAGUACCUUCUGACUCUUCACCUAUUGAUGCUAUGUGUGAAGUAACAGGAGGACGAUCUUACUGCAUUACUUCUCAUAGAAUGCUUAUGCAGUGCAUUGACAGUUUAGUACAGAAAGUGCAAAGUGGUGUAGUUAUUAACUUCGAGAAAAUUGGUCCUGAUCCACCACCAAUUGAUGGUAGCAACAACAGGGAUGGAAUUGAACAAAUUGAUGAUAUUAGUCAUGAAGCUGACAAAGAAAUGGAUGGUGAAGGAGACAGAAAUGGAAGAUGGAAUGGAGGAUCAUAUCAGUCCAAUACUAUCCCAAACCAAAGCUCCGGUGCUCCACAGGCUUGGCACUCUUGUCGUCGGCUUAUUUAUGUUCCACGCACAGUUUAUCAAAAAGGUUUUUCUGUUGGAUUUUGGCCCAUACCAGAAUCUUUUAGACCUGAUCCUAAUGCACCUUCGCUUCCACCACGUUCAGCACAUCCAGUUGUAAAAUUUACAUGCUCAAGCCAGGAGCCUAUGGUGAUAGACAAUUUACCUUUUGAUAAAUAUGAAUUAGAGCCAAGCCCUCUGACACAAUUUAUAUUAGCAAGGAAACAACCUACCAUAUGUUGGCAGGUAUUUGUAGCAAAUAGCGGGUGUAAAAAUUCUGAAGUCAGUCAUCCGUUUGGUUACCUCAAAGCAUCCACAAACCUCACCUGUGUCAACUUGUUUGUGCUACCAUACAACUAUCCUGUCCUCUUGCCUUUGCUCGAUGACUUGUUCAAAAUUCAUAGAUGUAAACCAACUCAGGAGUGGAAGUUGGCUUUUCAGCAGUAUUUAGAUAGAAUGCCUUCAUAUUAUGUAACACCUUUACGAAAAGCACUGACUAAAAUGGGAGCAUCCGCUCCACUAGUCCAAAGUCUGAUUCCCGAUACUCAAGACAAUUCUUUAAGCUUUUCUGUACUCAAUUAUUUGAAGAGAAUGAAAAAUCAAGCAAAAAUGGAAUUUGAAAAGCUUUGCGCAGACGUUAUCAACAAGGCUUCUUCAGGGAAUACUCAAAAGGUGGCGGAAAGUGUUCGUGUUAUGCCUAGAUCGCCAUUGAAAAAAGAUCUGACAUCUCAUCCAUGCUUGCAAGACAAGUUUAGUGCAUUACGCGACCAGCUCAACGAAUUCGGAGGCUUUGUUGUUGGACUAUCGCGUGGGCGACACAAGGCGCAGGCACAUACGUAUAGGAAUCCUUUUGAUAUACAACGGCGAGAUCUAUUGGACCAGGUGGUGCGAAUGCGAGCUAAUUUCUUACAACCAUCCUUGGCGCAUACACGGCUAGUUGAUGAGGACAGCAUUCAUUCCAUGCCAGUUGCCCAAAUGGGCAACUAUCAGGAGUAUCUUAAAAGAAUGACGCCUCAAUUACGGGAAAUUGAGUCACAGCCUGUCAGACAACAUAUGUUCGGCAAUCCAUUCAAGAUAGAUAAGCGCAUGAUGGUGGACGAGGCGGAUAUUGACCCCAUGGGGGCGGUGCGAGGCGGCGGGGGUAGCGGGGCGAGUGGCAAGCGGGGCGCGGAGAGCCCCCGCGCUGCUCCGCCCAAGCGCAAGGCCGGACCGUUGCCGCAGCACGUGGUGGCACGCCGGCCCUCCUCCCCCGCCCCGCAGUCUGCCCCUCUGCCCGCUCCGCUCGCCGCGCCGCUCGUCGCCCCGUCACCCGCUCCGCCUCCCGCCGCCCCUCUGUCACCCGUCAGCACGCGACGCCCGGCGUCCCCGCUGGCGCCUGUGCCGUCGGACCUGCCUUCCGGACGACCGCCGGAGGAGCCACCAAAUGUGGACACUGGAGGUUCAACCGUAACUAUACCUGUAGUAACGUCUCCACCAGCUACGCCCACUAAUUUGCCGCCUGUCGUCAAACCAUUUCUCAAUGGAGACGCGUACACAACGAUGGGCAGCAAAAUGCCCCGCUCCCCUUCGCCGCCCGCCGACACUGCGAGUGGCGUGGGAACCCCUCCCAACCCGCCAGUUGCGAGUGUGCCUGUAACUGCGAUCGCGCCCCUGCACGACUCGCAGGAGCUGCAGAUAAACGCCAUCCUGCAGGGCAUCGCCGCAGAGAACGACUCCAACAUGCGCGGCAAGAAGCGGAAACGAAAGAACGAAAAGCCGCCGGUGCAGCUGCUGUUGCCGCCUCAGCCGUCGCGGAAGGAGCUCGCCGACAUCAGGAAGCACAAUCUCGGCGUUCGCUCCGAGGUGUACCGCGCAGUACGUCGACCCGGCAGAGAUUUUACGAAAUUAUUUGAGUACUUGAAGCAAUUGAAGGGUAGUGUGGACAUUAAAAAGGAAGUGAUUCGUGAUGUAAUAAGCGAGUCAAUGAGGUUCAAAAGGAAGGGCCUUGCGAAAUUAUUAGAAGACUUCUUAUUGAGUCUUGAGAAGAAUGGGAACAGUGCCUCAGUUAGUGUGAAGAGAAUGACAAACUCCGUGUACAUUAAUGCUAAUAAUCACAGC